GCCACCGACACGGAGCUCUGCGUCCAGAGCGGGUUUUCACGGCGGAGGACGCCGGUUCUCGGAUCUCCACCGGCGGCUGCAAAACACCACGACACCGCGCUGUCACGUCCGUUCCGCGGGGGCAUCGACGUAGACGAGCAGCGGGGUUAUUACCGCAGCCUCCCCGGGGUGGUUUAGGUGUCAGUCCCCCCCCCCCCGAGCGGCCCGGUCCCGGUUCCGGAUCCAGCCCCAGAGCCAGAGCCGCGACACGUGACCGCCUUGGACCGGGACGUCCGUCCGGACCCGGACCUCAUGAAUGGAACUCGGAUCAACAGGAGCCGUUGGAGCCCCAGCCCUGUUCUCGUUGCCACGACGACCCGGCUAUGGCACCGUCGGAAAGCCCAUCAAGCUGCUGGCCAACUGCUUCCAGGUGGAAAUCCCCAAGAUCGACGUCUACCUGUACGAGGUGGACAUCAAGCCUGAGAAAUGUCCUCGCCGGGUCAACAGGGAGGUGGUGGACUCCAUGGUGCAGCACUUCAAGGUGACCAUCUUUGGUGACCGGCUGCCGGUCUACGAUGGGAAGAGGAGCCUCUACACCGCCAGCCCACUUCCUGUCGCCACCGGGGGGGUGGACCUGGACGUCACCCUGCCCGGCGAGGGCGGGAAGGACCGCCCCUUCAAAGUGUCCAUCAAGUUCGUGUCGCUGGUCAGCUGGCACAUGCUGCACGAGGUGCUGACGGGCCGCGGCACCACCGAGCCGGUGGACCUGGACAAGCCCAUCAGCACCAACCCGGUCCACGCCGUGGACGUGGUCCUGCGGCACCUGCCCUCCAUGAAGUACACCCCCGUGGGCCGGUCCUUCUUCUCCUCCCCGGAGGGCUACGAUCACCCGCUGGGGGGCGGCCGCGAGGUCUGGUUCGGCUUCCACCAGUCGGUGCGGCCCGCCAUGUGGAAGAUGAUGCUCAACAUCGAUGUGUCGGCCACGGCCUUCUACAAGGCUCAGCCCGUCAUCCAGUUUAUGUGUGAAGUUCUGGACAUCCACAACAUCGACGAGCAGCCGAGGCCGCUGACCGACUCCCACCGGGUCAAGUUCACCAAGGAGAUCAAAGGUCUGAAGGUGGAAGUGACUCACUGUGGAACGAUGAGGAGGAAGUACCGGGUCUGCAACGUGACCCGGCGGCCCGCCAGCCUGCAGACGUUCCCGCUGCAGCUGGAGAGCGGCCAGACCAUCGAACGGACCGUGGCCCAGUACUUCAGGGAGAAGUACAACCUGCAGCUCAAGUACCCCCACCUGCCGUGUCUGCAGGUGGGCCAGGAGCAGAAGCACACCUACCUGCCGCUGGAGGUCUGCAACGUCGUUGCCGGCCAGCGCUGCAUCAAGAAGCUGACGGACAACCAGACGUCCACCAUGAUCAAAGCCACGGCCCGAUCAGCACCGGACCGGCAGGAGGAGAUCAGCCGGCUGGUGCGCAGCGCCAACUACGAGAGCGACCCGUUCGUGCAGGAGUUCCAGUUCCGGGUCCGGGACGAGAUGGCCCAGGUGACGGGCCGCGUGCUGCCGGCCCCCAUGCUGCAGUACGGCGGCAGGGUGAGCUCUGAGCCCUUUAUGAACCGCACCGUGGCCACGCCGUCCCACGGCGUGUGGGACAUGCGGGGGAAGCAGUUCCACACCGGCGUGGAGAUCAAGAUGUGGGCCAUCGCCUGCUUCGCCACGCAGCGGCAGUGCCGGGAGGAGAUCCUCAAGGGCUUCACGGACCAGCUGAGGAAGAUCUCCAAGGACGCCGGGAUGCCCAUCCAGGGCCAGCCCUGCUUCUGCAAGUACGCCCAGGGGGCCGACAGCGUGGAGCCCAUGUUCCGGCACCUGAAGAACACGUACGCCGGGCUGCAGCUCAUCAUCGUCAUCCUGCCGGGCAAGACGCCCGUCUACGCGGAGGUGAAGCGGGUGGGCGACACGCUGCUCGGCAUGGCCACCCAGUGCGUGCAGGUGAAGAACGUGGUGAAGACGUCUCCGCAGACGCUGUCCAACCUCUGCCUCAAAAUCAACGUGAAGCUGGGCGGCAUCAACAACAUCCUGGUCCCGCACCAACGGCCUUCGGUGUUCCAGCAGCCCGUCAUCUUCCUCGGGGCCGACGUCACCCAUCCUCCAGCGGGGGACGGGAAGAAGCCGUCCAUCGCAGCGGUGGUGGGCAGCAUGGACGCCCACCCCAGCAGGUACUGCGCCACGGUCCGCGUCCAGAGGCCCAGGCAGGAGGUCAUCCAGGACCUGGCGUCCAUGGUGCGAGAGCUGCUGAUCCAGUUCUACAAGUCGACCCGCUACAAGCCGACCCGGAUCAUCUUCUACAGGGACGGCGUGUCGGAGGGCCAGUUCAGACAGGUGCUGUACUACGAGCUGCUGGCCAUCAGGGAGGCCUGCCUCAGCCUGGAGAAGGAGUACCAGCCGGGCAUCACCUUCGUCGUGGUCCAGAAGCGCCAUCACACCCGCCUCUUCUGCGCCGACCGCACCGAGCGGGUGGGACGGAGUGGGAACAUCCCGGCCGGCACCACGGUGGACACCGACAUCACGCACCCCUACGAGUUUGACUUCUACCUGUGCAGCCACGCUGGAAUCCAGGGUACCAGUCGUCCCUCCCACUACCACGUCCUGUGGGACGACAACUGCUUCACCGCAGAUGAGUUCCAGCUCCUCACCUACCAGCUGUGCCACACCUACGUCCGCUGCACGCGCUCCGUCUCCAUCCCAGCACCAGCCUACUACGCCCACCUGGUGGCUUUCCGGGCGCGCUACCACCUCGUGGACAAGGAGCACGACAGCGCCGAGGGCAGCCACAUCUCAGGGCAGAGCAACGGCAGAGACCCGCAGGCGCUGGCCAAGGCCGUGCAGAUCCACCACGACACGCUGAGGACCAUGUACUUCGCCUGAACCCCUCCCCCUCCCGCCUCAUCUGGACCCAGAGGUCACGGAGGAC